GGCGACGCUCGAGAACUGUGCAGCGCAAUGCAACACGAGAAACUAUGACGCUUUCGGCAUGAUCAAUGGCGUUGACUGCUAUUGCUCCAACCAAAUCGUGAGCACGACAAACCCUGAUUCCAUGUUGACAUGCCGAAUCAGAUGCGUGGAUAGCCCAGGAACCGCAUGUGGGUCAGCAACCGGCCCAGUUGUCUACGCCGUAAACAAGCUGGGAGUGUACCCAUCGUAUACAAACACCUUUGCUGUGCCAUACCCGAGUUAUUCGUGCAUCAGAAAAUCUUCGUACAGCCACAUCAACCAGCACGGCCACUACGACCACCACGACCACGACCACUUCCACUUCCAGGACCACAACUGCCACUACAACUUCUACAACCUCUACAAGUAGUACUACCACUACUGGGACUGCCACAACCAGCGCUACAACUACUGGCACGUCUACAACUAGCACUACGACUACAGGCACCUCAACCAGCAGCACCACAACAACUGGGACUUCAACAACGAGUACCACGACGAGCACUACGACUACUGGGACCGAGACGACAAGCACUACAACUACAGGCACCUCAACCAGCAGUACCACAACAACUGGCACUUCAACAACCAGUACUACAACUACUGGCACAUCAACGAGCAGCACAACUACUACAACCACUGGCACAUCAACGAGCAGCACAACUACUACAACCACUGGCACAUCAACGACGAGCACCACAACCACAGGGACUUCAACAAGCAGCACUAUCACGACGGGAACGUCUACAACUAGUACCACGACUAGCACUACUACGAGCACCACAACUACUAGGACGUCCACUAGUAGCACUACAACAACUGGGACGGAAACAACUAGCACCACCACUACGGGGACGUCCACAACGAGUACCACAACUAGCACCACAGCCACGGGGACUUCAACAAGCAGCACCACAACUACUGGGACUUCUACUACUAACACCACAACCACGUCCACAACUAGUACUACGACGACUGGAACUGCAACAACAAGCACUACCACGAGCACAACAACAACUGGGACAGCAACGACAAGCACUACGACUAGUACAACAACAACUGACACUUCUACCUCAAUCACUACAACAACUGGGACAUCUACAACAAGCACCACGACUAGCACCACUACUAGCACUACGACAACUGGGACAGCAACGACAAGCACCACAACCACGUCCACAACUAGUACCACGACGACUGGGACUGCAACAACAAGUACCACGACUAGCACCACAACAAGCACUACGACUAGUACUACGACUACUGGGACUGCAACGACAAGCACUACUACUACCGGGACCCAGACGACGAGCACUACAACCACCUUUUCCGGCACAGAGACUACGAGUACAACAACUACUGGGACGCAAACGACGAGCACCACAACUACCGGGACCCAGACUACUAGCACGACAACUACCACUUCUGGUACACAAACCACGAGCACCACAACCACAACGACUGGAACUCAGACUACGAGUACAACAACUACUAGCACCCAGACUACUAGCACCACAACCACGACUUCCGGCACGGAGACUACAAGCAGUACAACUACUGGGACCGAGACGACAAGCACCACUACUACCGGCACCUCAACAACGAGCACCACGACAACCGGAACUUCGACGACGAGCACCACAACCACUACUUCUAGCACAGAGACUACUAGCACCACGACGACUAGGACCAAGACUAGUAGUACCACAACGAGCACCACAACUACCGGGACCUCAAGCACUACCACAACCGGGACCCAGACAACGAGCACCACAACAACAGGGACGUCAAGCACUACCACAACCGGAACCCAGACAACAAGCACAACGACUACUGGGACCUCAAGCACUCUCACCACCACCACAUCCACCACAAGUACUACCGCUACGUCUACUUCGAGCACCACUACAACCGGGACCUCAAGCACUACCACUACGGGGACUGCUACCACAAGCACGACUACCAUAGCUACAUCAACGUCAAAAACACGCACAACCACCACAUUAACAAGAACCAAACACAGGGGAACGACCACAACUUCGACGUCCAGCACUCUUACCACAGCCAUCUCAACCACGAGCACCCUCACUACCACUACGUCAACUACAACAACUACGUCAACUACAACCACUACGUCAACUACAACCACUACGUCAACGAAGAGCACUCUGACUACAACGACGUCAACCUCGCGCAGUCAGACCACCACAACAUCCACCAGAACCAAGCUUAGGUCCACAACUUCCACCACCACGUCCACGGCAAGCACCACAACCACGGGCACUUCACGGACAACGACG